AUGGCGCCAGGAAGACCCAAAGUGCAUAUCCCCCCAUGUACCUUCUGUGGUAAGAUCUUUAAUCGGUCGCACCACCUGCGGCGACAUGAGCGUAUUCAUACCCAGGAAAAGCCGUUCCAAUGUCACUGCGGCCGUGCAUUUGCCAGACAGGACCUUCUGAGGCGCCAUAACCGGGUAUCACACUCGUCCUCGGGACUCCAGUCUCCUCCAGAGAAAUCACCCAACACUAGGUCUUCGAGCGCUGGUCCGGAUCAAGUCGAUUCAAUCAACUCGUCCCUACCAGCCACUGCAGGCUUGGAAAAUGUCGUCUCGGCGCCGAAUAUGUCUGCUUCGACAGUCCCAUUUCCGAGUAUAACCACUCCGACCGCAUGGGACGAGCCAUCCCAGGCACUUCCUGCUUUCUUUCCACCCCCCCUGGAAAGCUUCCCCGAGAUGGAGUUGGGGCAGGACCCAAUCUCCGAUAACUUUGCCUUUGCAUUUCCCAACUUUGUCCCCUCUCAGUUCCUUAAUACUGAGAUCUCUCUCUCAGAUCUACUCGAGCAGUUUCCCGCACAGGGGCAGGAGUCUCAGGGACCACGGCCGUCUUCAACGCCAGCUGGUCCGCCCGCUGCCUCUCCCGACGACACAACAGACUACCCUGGUGACCUGCCUGAUCCUAAGUACCGGUUACAGCGACGAUUGCCAUCGCUAGAUGAUCAGCCGCACAAAAGUGGCCUGGAUGCGCAGCUCGACGCGGCAGGAUGUCCGUGGGCAAUCUCCGCUGUCGCUUACAAGAUCAUCGUGGACAAAUUGACCGCGAAGCGGACCGCCUUGGGUGAAUCCUUAUUACCCUCCAGGUGCGCUCUCGUACGGUAUCUGGAAGGCUACUUCCGAGGAUUUCAUGAUCACCUUCCGUUCCUGCAUGUGCCGACCUUCCGCGCAGAGACCGUCGAACCGGAGCUCUUCCUGGCGAUGGCGGCUGUCGGAGCCUUGCACCGCUUCGAGCAUCACAAGGGUCACCAGUUGUACGUUGCAGCGAGGUCCUUGAUCGAUCAGAACACACAGGACCGUCGUCGUAGGCUGGUUAGCCAGUUAGUCGGCCGUUCGCCAGGGUCUGCGGCAUAUGCCAGUCCUUUUUCAGACAGUCGCCGCAAUUCGAGAAACCCAACCAGUGCGGAUGAGAUGGCUGAGGAAAACACCAGUGAACUUCAGCGAGCACAAGCCUUGAUUGUUCUUACAGCCAUGAGCUCUUGGGGCGAGGAAGUACUUGCGCAGGAUAGUCUAGCGAUGAGCAGCCAGUUGGCAGUGCUCGUGCGGAAACUGGGAAUUCAAGAAACGGACAACUGUGCAGACACCGAAUUGAGCUGGCCGGCGUGGGUGGCACACCAACAGCUGCGACGCACCUUCUUGAUCGCAUACAUCAUCUUCAACCUGCAGAGCAUUAUCUUCAACAUUCCACCGCAGAUCCUUACUAGCGAGGUGGCCGUGUGUCUGCCCUCCUGCGAAGCAGAAUGGAGGGCCUCAUCACCCGCUGCGUGGGAGCGACAUCGCGCCGUGUCCCGGCUACAUGAACGCGCAUUCACCUCGACACUCAACGACCUUCUCAACGGAAACGAUAUUACUAACCAUAGCCUCAUUUCUCCCUUCUCUAACUACAUCCUUAUCCACGGCCUGGUGCAGCGCAUCUACUUUGAGCGACAAGCCGCCGGCGGCAGUUUACGCGCCCCUCUCAUAGAAUCCCUCGAAUCUGCACUAAAGCACUGGCAAGCCAGCUGGGAGAGCACCUGGGAGUCAAGUCUGGAUCCAUACUCUCCUCAGGGACCAUUGGGGUUCAAUGCGACCGCACUGCUUCGACUCGCCUACAUCCGCCUGAAUUGUCAGACGGGACUCUGCCACGAGCUUCUCUGUAGUAAUACGACUCGGUUUAAAUCACUCAUUUCUCCUACACCACCUCUGGAUCAUAUCGGUCGUUCUCCUUCCCUCGAUCGUGCUAUCCUCCAGUGCAUUCACGCGUUGAGUAUCCCUGUGCGGGUGGGAAUCCCCUACGUCGCGCGCACACAGACCUUGAGCUGGAGCGUACAACACUCCAUUUGUCACCUUGAGUGUGCAGUGCUAUUGAUACGUUGGAUGCAAAUGCUAGCUAGUGCCGCGGCAGCACACGGAAUCGCAAGUUUGCGGGAAGACGAAAGGAAGCUGCUCCACAUGGUGGAGUACUUGAUUCAGGAGACAAAUUGCGUGGAGGAAGAGGUCGCCAAGGAGGGAGAGAGCGAAGCGGAGAAGAUCCAGCGACUGGCGAGGAUGACCGCACAGAUAUGGGCGGAGAUAUCAAGCGGGAUCCAUGUCUUCGAUCUGGUUCGGAGGAUUGGGGAGGCGUUGGGGGGUAUUGCGGACGUGCUAACGGGGGUAGGGAGGUAG